GUAGCAGGAGCAACAGUUGACACACAGUUCCCAAGUUCUCAAGUUUUGCCCAGUUCUUUGACGAACCAAACUGUAUUUUCCAACGACAUUUUAAAAGACGCCAUCGACGGAAGACAACAACCCGCGUUUCUUAAUCCCGAGGACAAGCCGAGAGAGAGGCUGUAUAUAGAGCAUAUAUAUAUACAAGCAUACCGUCAUGAAGCCCGACAUCCUGACACUGUGCAUCCUGGCAACCGCGAUCCUGGCCAGCGGGACGCGUCACGUAGCCGGCUUCCUCACCGCCUCCGCCCAGCAGUCGGGGCAACCAGGCGACAUUCUCAAAGUGGAGGGUGGAGGCGACCGGGAACGGGACCUACUCCAGGGCAAUGUUGUUGCAUCAGCGCCGCAGCGUCUCCACUUGCCCCCCAUCUUCGGACGACACGGACCGGCACCGCCAUCGGAUGUCCAGGAUAUUCAGAAUGUCCAGGAGACGCAGGAGCGAGCUGUUUACGAUCCCGGCGAUGAAAUACUACGCGCCCAGGAACUGGGAUUGGGAGUGCUGGGAGUUCCUCCGCCUCUGGCCACCGAUUACGCCGACGCCGUUUACAACGAACUCCAGUUGACCAGCAACAAGUUCGAGGUUCUCAAGAAGAUGGAGGAGGAUUUACGGGCCGAGCAGGAACUGGUGGACAAAUCCGCUUUGCUCAUGAAAAUGCUAGAGGAUCCGUCUCUAGAAACUCUACCCCUCGUCUACGUGGAGGAAGAGGAACCGGAAGCCACCGGAGCCGAGGACUAUGCUGACUUGGAGAACGCCGUUCAGGAUUUGGUCUUGGGCCAGAGCAAGCCCAAGCGUUCGCGUUACUAUCGCAGGUAUCCCUGGAAGCGUCACAACAAGAAUCGCGGUUCUUACAUGAAUUCUAUCAACAGCAACUAUGAACCGGAGCUGCGUUACGCCUGCACGCCCAGCAAGGAGGACAUAUUCAAGCUGCUGGUCAAUCUCCACGAGAAUCGCAAGGGGAAUCACAGCAAGACGGUCAACUUCUGCAACCGUAAGCGUCCUGCCAAGGCUGUCUUCACCAACAUACGCUUCCUGGGCUAAGGGAUAGCCGAAGGACAUUAUUCCACACACAGAAACCACAGACACAGACACAGACACAGAGACAGACAGGACACUGCGACGGACUCACACACAUAUGUAUACCAAGCCUCAAUUGUACAUUUGCUGACCAAGUCGAGCGCCAAAGAACACGAAUUCUGGAGAACAACAAGCACUAACAAUUAGCCUAAAUUAACAAACUAAUCCGGUGACUAAACUAUCCCCUUUAGCUGAACGAAGUGAACUAAAAAUAAUUCCUGGUAAUCUUUGUUGGCGGAUGAUAACUCUAAUUGUAGACAAUUAAAACUUUUAUAACUCUCUCUCAAUGUGUUGUAUAUAAAAUAAACAAAGUUCCAGUAGUCCUCCCCAUU